AUGUGGCUUCCUUAUUACUUGCCUGCUGUUUUAUUGAUUAGUCAGCACAUAAUUGAUACUAACGCCCAAAUCCGGCUUCCAAAUCACGCUGAGAACUACCUCUUGGAGCAUCUGGACCCAGAAUCUCGCACCACCAACAUUGAACAAUACGCACACCCAGAUUAUGAUAGUUCGGAGGGUUCAGUCAACGAUUUCAAGACGACAUUCGUCACUCUGAAACCCGAUCGACAAAUCCUGCACAUCAAUCAAGCCUUAACCAAUCUCCUGACAAACCCAACACCCCCGCGUCCGAAUGAUCUACUGCGUUGGUGCGAGGUACUCGCCGAGGUAGUGGAUCGAAAUUCAUACUUCGAAAGGAUUAAUGUUGCAAUUCUCUAUGCUUUUCACACUUUCAUCCUGCAAAACUUCAGGAACGACGUUUUAAAGAGCACAAUCAUGGAAAGAGUGGAGGAGGCUAUGUUGAAUUUAGGUGACAAGCGGGAAACAGAUGACCAAUGGGCGCAGGGUUGGUCUUCUUAA